AUGAGCUACCGCUUUCUGCAUCACCCCAGACGACAGAGCAGUUUGCAAGAGCGUCACCUGCAGUACCUACUUUUGGUGGAGGAUUGGCGCAGAGCAGGGAGGUUUGCUUGGGGAGCAGCUGUGCUAUCCUACUUGUACCGUGAGAUGGGUAGAUCGGCGCUGCAGAUGACGACAUCUUCUUCACUGGGUGGUGACUUUGGUGGAUGGUCCGUCUUGCUGAUGAUCUGGACGUGGGAGCGGUUUCCUCAUACAUCACCACUACAUGCGGAGACGGGUGCGCAGAUUACUCAGGACGCAGUGCCACGUGGCCUUCGAUGGCUUCCGGCCCAGACCCGUCAGCAUGGAGAUCAGUUCUACCUGUACAAGCUGUGGUUUGACGAGUGCAGGACAUUCGUGGACCAGCCUCAUCCUCCACAUUCCGCGACUGAGAUUAGGUUUUUCCUUCGUCAGGGACAGCAUGGGCCACCACGUGGCCAGCAGUUCAUACAGGCAGCCAGCAAGUCGAUUGAGUUGUGGAACCGUCGACAUGAGUUCAACGUGCGGACGAGCUACAGUGACAUACCUUUAGCUUACCAC